AUGGAGGAUGAUGAGGAGCUUGAAAAGUUGUUGGGUGAGAUCCCUUAUGCAACAUCAUUCAACCUUCAUCAUCCACAUAGCAAUGGCCAUCAUUUUGAUCACGUUGGACAAUGUAACGGUUCUGUUGUAACACAAAAAAUGAAUAAUGUGACGUAUGGUAUGUAUGAUGAUGACCCUUUGAGUCAUAGAUACACAUGUGCUUCCCCUGGUAGUGGGUUCUCUUUGCAAUCUGAUGGCUCUUCCUCAAGCUUGUUCUCUGGUGGGCAUUCAUUUUCAUUGUCUGACAAUGGAUCACCAAACACACCUCCAUUGGAAGAGCUCAAAUCCCAAAGGCCUGGUGGUAGUCCUAAUUGCCCGAGUGGAUUGUUGUUAGAUACUGAAACACCUGAUUCUUCUGUUGUGAAGAAGGCCAAUGAGAAUGUGCUUGAUAAAGUGAGUUUGUCAACACAUUUAAGUAGAAUGAAUUUGAGCAAGAAGCAAGAGGAUGUUAUGGUAGACCCAAAUGGAUACCAGUUUUGUGAUCGCUAUAUUGGUGGGACUAACCCAUACAACUUUCAGAAAUAUGGGUCCUCUGAUGAUUAUAUGAGAAGCUUAUCUGAUUGUGGCAGAAUUCGAUCCUCUAGUCCAAGAUAUCCUUUUAGUUUCGAUGGUGAGAAGAAUUCGGCAUUGUUGGGUUUGUGGCAUGAAUGUAGACAUGGUAAUCCAUUGGGAUCACAAUAUUCACCUGUUCAAUCUGAUGGCUUGUUUUCUAUGUUGAAUUAUGGCAAUAGUCCCAUGAGUUCUCAAUAUCAUAGAGCAAUGGAGGAGGCUGCGUUUCAUUCACUAAAUGUGCCUCAGUUCGCUAAACCUAGGCCUCAUUUUAAUGUGGAAAAUAUGCUACAUUGUCACUCAGCAAGGAUAAAUAGAAGAACCAGAGCAUCUUCACAUAUUAAAAGCCCUCAAGGGGCUCUUGAGGCUUGUAAUAGGGAGGAUAGCUUGAUCAUUCAAGGGGAAGGACUAAAUUAUGCAAUCAACAAAGGACAUGGACGUUCAAGUGGACAAAAUAAUAGGGUUUCAUACGACAUCGGUUUGGGUAAGCCUCAAGGAAAGCGCCCACAGCUAAAUGCUCAUCCUCAAUUUGCAAGGGCUUAUGGAAAUAGUCAAAGUGAUCGAAUUUAUUACCCUUUUUCAUUGCCAUUGCAGUUUGAUUCCCUGGCAGAAGCUCAAGGUUAUAUACACUUGAUAGCAAAGGAUCAGCAUGGCUGCCGGUUCUUGCAGAGGAUGUUUGAUGAGGGAGGCCCACAAGAUGUGCAAAUAAUCUUUAAUGAGAUCAUUGACAAUGUAGUUGAACUGAUGAUAAAUCCAUUUGGGAACUACCUUAUGCAAAAGCUGUUGGAAGUGUGCAAUGAAGAACAGAGAAUGCAGAUUCUUCUCAGGGUAACUGAAGAGCGAGGCGAGCUCAUAAGAAUCUCUUUAAAUUCCCAUGGCACUAGAGUGGUGCAGAAGUUGAUCCAAACUCUCAAAACUAGGCAGCAAAUUUCGCUAGUCAUAUCAGCCCUUGAGCCAGGGCUCCUUGCUCUCAUCAGGGAUCUGAAUGGGAAUCAUGUCGUGCAGCGAUGCUUGCAAUGCCUUACCAAGGAAGAUAAUAAGGACAGGGUCUCUGGUGCUUCACCAGUUACAGAUAGAAAGUUCAUAUUUGUUGCUGCUGCAAAGCACUGUGUGGACAUUGCAACCCAUAAACAUGGGUGUUGUGUGUUGCAACGAUGCAUCAGUCAUUCGACUGGUCAGUAUCAUGAAAACUUGGUUACAGAAAUUUCGGCAAAUGGACUUCUACUUUCUGAAGAUGCAUUCGGAAAUUAUGUUGUUCAGUUUAUAUUGGAGCUAAAGAUUCCAUCUGCUACGUCUAAGUUGAUUUCUCAGUUUGAGGGGAACUAUGUCAAUCUCUCGUUGCAAAAGUUCAGCAGCCAUGUCGUUGAAAAAUGUCUCACAACAGUCAAUGAUGAAGUCCGGGCAAAGAUCAUCCAUGAAUUGCUCUCUGCAGCUCACUUUGAGCAGUUGCUUCAAGACCCACAUGCAAACUAUGUUGUUCAAACAGCUCUUCUUGUUUCUGAGGGCCGUCUUCACAGUUCUUUGGUUGAUGCUAUCGAGUCCCACAAGGCAAUCUCGCGUAACAGCCCAUAUUCCAAGAGGAUUUUCUCCCAUAAGCUCUUGAAGAAGUGA